AUGAUCUCUCCUUCUCCGACUCGAAAUGAUGAUGAAUCUUCCAACAAUCAAACGAGUGGUAGUAGUAGUAGCACUGUUGAACCGACCAACAACAAGUUCUUGAAACAUAUUGGUAUCCUCUAUCAUUCGGAAAAGAUUAAACAAAUUGCAUCCCAAAUGUUUAAGAGAUUGCGAGAAUUAGAUCUCUCUCAAGUCUAUGCAAGCAAUAUUGGUAAUGGUUCCGCAGUGAUGGAAGCUCAACAUGAAGAAGAAUUGAGCAGAAUGCUAGGUGCUCUGUAUGGUCUUUCUUGGGGUGAUGUUGCUGGUUGCCCUGUUGAGGGUUGGCACUCUCAGCAAGAAAUUGAGAGCCUCUUUGGAGAUGAUCAAGUAUUGAAUUUAUUUGAUUUUGGAAAAUUAGUGGAACGAGAUGAGAAUGGUCAAUAUCGAUUGCAAAAUGUAUUUGAGGAAGGUUGUGACUCGUAUAAAUUUCCAAGUGAUGAGUUGAUUCAAAUCAAAUCUCAAGAGUUGGACCAUGAAUCCAAUGUUAAAAAGUAUAAGAGAAAAAAGUCACCUUUUGAAAUGUUUUUGGGGAAAUGCAGAUUUCCUGGUAUUCAUAGCGAUGAUACUCAACAAGGAAUGGCUCUCAUCAAUUCCAUGAUUCAAUACACUGAGUUGAAUGAAAAUGGUGAGAAAUACUUUGGAGAUUUUUGGAGUGAAUGGCUUGUCAAAGCAUUUGAAUGCACUACUUGCAAGUAUCCCAUCACCUCUAAAGAGGAACGAGAAAUUAUUGGCCAAGGAGUUCAAGCUUUUCGUGAUUAUGGUGCAAAUAGCUCGAGAGCUUUCAACAACAUGAAGAAAAAAGUCCCAUUCAAUGAAGCAGGAAGCAAUUCAAGCGGAAUUGGUGGAAUCAUGAGAGGAGGAGUUGCCACUGCAUGUUUUGCACUUUUUUCACACUUGAAUGACGAUGCUCUCGUUCUGAAAAAGCUUGAAAAGUUUGCAUGUGAACAAAAUUUCACCACCCACGCCACCAUUGAAGCCGCAGCCACAUGUUUUGCCACUUCAUUAUGUGCUUACAAAUUUAUGCAACUAGGUCCGGAGAGAGCAAUUGAAUGGUUACUGCAACAUUUGGUUGAAAAAGUCAAACAGGUUGAAGACACAUGGUGGAACGAACGUGGUGAAAUUUCAUACGAGAAAUCAGAAGAAGAGGAUGAAAACACAGAUGAGAAUGCGUCAGCCGUGGAAGGGAGCUCAGAAAGUACCUCCUCCAACACUCAAUCAAAGAAAUCAAAGAAGGAUGCCGCAUCUAAGAAAACCAAGAAAUCACGUCCAGGCACGGCUUCAAGAUUACCAGAAAAUCAACUGAAAUGGAAAAUCUACAAAAGUCUUCCUUCACACAAUGCUGCGUCCGAGUGCUUGGAAGUAUUGUUGUGUAUUAUCAAGAGUUUGAGAGGAACCGAGAAGGAAGCUAGCAUGCUUUUCGAGUUGCGAGAAAAGAUUAGUGAACUCGCAAGAAAAUACAAACCAGAAAAGAAGCACAUGCGAGCUCAUGUGAAUCAAGGUUUCUGUUUACUUGCUGGUAUGCAUGCUAUUUGUUGUAGCUUGAUUCCUGAGAACCCUGAAAUUAUUUACCAUUGUCACAAGAAGAAUCCACAAACAGAUCCCUCUCCUCAAAUUGACAACUCACAGAACGAUGUCAUGAAACAAUUCCCUAAUCUUGUGUUGAGAUCCAUCAUCACUCUAGGUUACGACACAGAUACUAUUGGAGCCAUUGCUGGAUAUUUAUUAGGAGCAAGAUUUGGAAUGAAAUGGAUUCCAGUACAACUCUUGUUCGAUUAUGAACGAAUUCGAGAUGAAUAUGCAUCGAGAUUGGUGAAAAUUUACAAAAUGAAGAGAAAUUUGCUCUUGACAGAGAAUGAAGAUGCAACAAGAAUAACGGUUGAACCUUUGGAAGAUUAUCUUGCACAUGAACAAUUCAACACCUUAAUUGGUGAGUUCUAUCAACAUGGUAUUGUUGAUCGUUCCAUUCCUUUUGUUGUCACUGAUCAAAACAAACACAUUUACGGAAAUAGCACGAGCAGAGUUUCUCUUCAUUCAUUGGAAAAUAAGAAGUAA